AUUUCAUCUGCAACGCCAUUGCUUGUUUCGGGGAAUGCAACAAAAACUCCCCAGAAAAAAACGUCUGCUGGGCACAAAAAGCCAUUGGAAGCUCCAGGCACUUCACCUCCAUCGAGUAAAAAGCAGAAGACUUCUGGGGCAUUCCAUGAUCAGAGCAUCGAUCAGCUAAAUGAUGUUACAGCCGUCAGUGGUGUUAAUCUUAGGGAGGAAGAGGAGCAGCUAUUGUGUGCUCCUAAAGAGGAGAGCCGGGCUUCUGAAGCAAGUCGAAGAGUUGUGCAGGAGGAAGAAGAAAGAUUAAUUCUCUUGAGGGGUUCUCUUCAGAAAAAGCUAGCAGAAAUCACAUCCAAACAUGGUUUAAAGAGCAUUGGUGGUGAUGUGGAGCGAUGCUUGUCUCUGAGGGUUGAUAGCGAAAAGGCAAGACGGCGAUUUGUUGUUACGUCAGAUGUUGGACGGCAAAUCUUGGCGAUAAACAAAAAAAUAAAAGAUGACUGGGAUAAAAAACAGGCCGAGGAGGCAGAAAAGCUCCGAAAAGCUAUUGAU